AUGAAACAAAAUAAAUUAUAGAAAAUCCAGCGUUAAAUUAAAAAAAUAGAUAUUUUUGCAUCACCUGUUGAACUAAUGAUUUAAAAGAAACGUUUGCAUUAAUCCUUCUUUGGAGCAAUAAUGACACUAUUAAUGUUUGGGUGCAUAAUAACAUAUAUCGUUAACAAAUUUGUAUAACUAGGGAUGAGAAAGGAAUUCUAAACUCUGUAUUCAGAAAUUUAUUAUGAAGAGAUACCAGUAUAUCCAUUGAUUUCUCAAAAUUUCACUUUACAAUUCGCAUUUCAGAACUACAAUUAGAAGAACUACAUAGACGAAUCAGUUUAUAGUGUCAAUGCAUUUAUGGUUAAUAGAGUUUAAAGAACAGUGAAUAAUAAAACAACUUAAGAUGUCAAAAAAACAGAGAUACCCCUAAGUAAAUGCGCUAAGAUUGGAAUAACUUUCGAGGAAAUUGAGGAGUAAUUAGAUAAUGUGGAUUUCAAUAAUACUUUGACUGGUACUCCUGACUAGGAUAACUACACUUAUAUAUACGUAAAUUUCCAAAUUUGCGUGAAUGAUACAACCAAUAGUAGCGAGAGUGUGAUAUGUAAGUCGAGGGAAGAAAUUCAAGAAAAAUUAAGGAGGAAUUACAUUUAAUUUCAGAUAUCCUCAUACAAUAUUGAUUUGAGGAAUUAUCAAUAGCCAAAUGUUCCGAAGGUUGAAGAAAUCUAAACAACGAUAUCAAGUUAAGUGAUGAAAGACAUUACUUUAUUUAUGCAACCAAUUACUACAUUGACUGAAGAUGGAUUGUUGGAUGAAUUGAUUCGAAAAGAUGCUAAUAUAAGGUAUUAAAAAAGUUAAGAGAUUAUUGACUUUAAUAGUGAUGAAUCCUUGGCAACGGUUUACAUUAGAUUAGCAAAUACUGAGAAUGUUAGUUAUAGAAUAUAUCCAAAAUUAUAAGAUAUCUUGGCUUAAGCAGGUGGUUUAUGGGAGUUGUUGUUGCUUGCCUUUUCGAUUAUUGUAAAACCCUUUUCUCAAAUGUCAUUCAAAAUGGAAAUCAUAAAUAGUUUAUUCAAUUUCGAAGGCCAAAAACUAAUAGAUCAAGAUGAAUCUGAAAAUAAACAUAAACGAUUUGAUAAACUCAAUGGAUUUUAAGAGAAUAUUUAAACAAAUGAGAAUGAUGUUUCAGUAAUGUUAAACUCAUUGAAAUCAAAAGCAAGUUCAAGAUUUCCAAGAGGAAGAGCAAAAUUGAAAACUGUUAAAGUAGAUGGAAUCAACUCUGCUUAAACUGAAAAAUCCUCUUAAGUAUUUACUAACUCUCCUGGAAAUGAAAAAAUACUUAAGAAAGGAAUUAAUGUUGCCUUCAGAAAGUUCUUUAAUGUUGCAACACUUAAAUUAUAAUUUAAUCCCUUAGAUUAUUUUAGAUAUAUGAAGUGUGGAAAGAAGGAAGGAAAGUAUAAACAAUUAAGUUAUUCAAUCUAAAAAUUAGAUAAGUGUCUUGAUAUCCUUUUUAUUAUCGACAAGUUACAAGAAAUAGAUAAAUUAAAAAUGAUCUUGUUAUCGAAAGAGUAAGUGCAACUGUUUGAUUUCCUCCCUAAGCCAUUAAUUUGUCUAGAUCCCUCAAAUCAAUAAUUAAGUGAGAAUUAUCAGUACUCCUCAUUACUAAAACCCUAUAAGGGACUAAAAGAAAAAUCAUUAGAAGCUCAAUAAGUACUGGAUUAAUUACUUGAAAAUUUAGAAGAUCCCAUUACUAAUAAACUUAUUUCUUUGAUGGAUCCAAAUUUAAUAAAAUUGUUAUAGAUACAGCAUGAAUUAAAAAAGAAGCAAAGUCCAAAUCUAUUAAUUAAUGAAUUUGUUGAGUGA